AUGCCGGGGGCGCGGCGCCGACGCCGAGGCGCGGCCAUGGAGGGGAAGCCCCGCGCCGGGGUCGCGCUGGUCCCGGGGCCGAGCGGCCGCGGGCCUUCCGCCCGCCGCGCCCGCCGCCGCCGCCGCCCGGGGCUGCUGCUCCCCGGCCUCUGGCUGCUGCUGCUGGCCCGGCCGGCCUCGUGCGCCCCAGAUGAGCUCUCUCUGGAACAGCACAACCUCUCUUUGUACCCCGUGGAGCUCAUCCUGAAGAAAAGCACCAUGCACAGCGCUGCACAUGUGGCCUUAACAGAAACUUCUCCAGGGUCCCUGCACAGCAGUUCUCUCCCUGUCAUUCCCUCUCCAUCUGCCACUACUUUUGAUACAACCUUUUUUAAGCAAGGAGAAAAGACCCAAAGUACAGCAGAUCACAGCCUCUUUGUGGCAAAUGGCGUGUCGGUGACAAGUAAUGAGGUGGCCAUUGAUGACGAUGAAAUGGAUAACUUUUUGCCAGAUACUCACUGGGCCACUUCCCGGCUGGUUUCCCCACUAGAGCAUGUCACAGUCAGCCCACCAGGGCUGCCCAAAGAAAUGUGGGAGCCUGUGCUUAUUCCAUCAAUACCCAUGAUUUCUUUACAAGAUAUAGAAGUGACAUCAGCCUGGCAAAGCACAAUUCAACGACCAACAACAAAUGCUGAAUCUCCCAGUCAUUCCAGUGCUUUUUGGUCAGCUUUUCCCACCUCCAAGGGCAUAAUUCCAACUCCUAGUAGGAAUUUGGUGCUUUAUCCUACUGACACUUACAGUGAGUUUUCAAGCAGGACUUUGCCGGAGAUUGUGGCUUCAGUCGUAGGGGAUGGGGAAACACUCCUUGCCAGCUCUCGGUUUUUUGUGCCUCGGCCGAUAGGCAAUGGCAUUACUCAACAGCCAUUUUCCCCCUCAGGGGAGGUCUCGCAGCCUCCAGAGGAUGUUUUGGCCACAAGUACAGACACGUACACUGAUGUGACCACUGCUUUGAGUCAACGUCUAGAAGAAACCGCCUCUCUAAGCACAUACCCAGCUGUCACUCCAGUGCAUCCGGUCCUGGCUCUCACCAGCACGCUUUCUGCUUUGUGUUCAACUCCCCUUGCGCUCGUGACCUUUUCUACUCGAUCGGCUGAUAUUUUGUAUAACCCCUUUCUUCCCAGCAACUCCAGAGAAAUGUCACAAUUGCCUGGCAAUUCAGGGGUCCCCAGGCAUGCAGACAACACUCACAGCCUGAGCCCAGUGGCUUCAUUCAGACCGUACACGUGGUGCGUGUCCUGCAGUGUGGCGUCGCCACGGCACGCUGAGGCCACGAGCUUCACGGAGAAAGACACGGGGUCGGGGGAUGGUGCCGAGCCCCUGUCCAGGACCGCGUUGGACGCGAGCAGCCUCCCUCCCCUGAGCAGCGUGGUGGCGGACUUCUCUGAGUUUGAGGAAGAUGCUCAAGAAUUUAACACACUUUUCCCUUCAAGACCUAUGGUCUCCCUUUCUUCUAGAUCUGUGGAAGUCUCAGAAAUGAGCUUUGGCAUUUCUGCUGGAGUGGAUAUGAGUAGCGCGAUGACCACACAAGUGUACCCUUCCCACGGCCACCUCUCUGUUCCGGUGUCACUUGAUCCUAGUUUUGGCUCCUCUUCUGUCGCUGAAGCCCAAGCGAUGCCAUCUGGUGUAACCACGGUGUUUUUCUCGGUCAUCACCAGUGUUCUUGACUCCUCUUUCUCUGUCACAGCAAACAAAAACAUGCCAUCGCUUGUGAUCAGAGACCCAAGUCCUUUUACGUCUUACGGUUUGGUUCCCUUAGUAGUGUCUUUGCUUUUCUCCGACCAAGACACUGCCCAGUUUUUCAAGCAUGAACCUGGAAGUCGGUUGGACUUUGUGUCCAGCUUUUUCUCAACUCCACCGCUGGAAUCCAGCGACUCGGUCACUUCGUCUUCAGAAGCACUUGCUUCCCUGUCUCUGGUGUCAAGCGAUUUGUCAGCCUUCGCGUCUCAGUCUUUUUCCACCGUGGUCGAGACAUUUACAUUGUCUGACUCUGUCAUGUUGCAGUCACCUCAGCUUUCUGUUCCUAAUUCCACAGAUGUUGAGUUUUCUCAGCUGUGGCCAAGUCCGAGCCUUCCUUUCAAUACAGUCACUUCUCUGCCUAGUCAUUCUGAAAUGUCACCGCUCUCAAGCUUCUCCUCUGAUUCUCUCAAGUUCGCUGAAGCAUCGGUGGUUUCACUGACAGAUUCUGAAGCUCAUUUUACCUCAGCUUUCACUGAAACUACCUCCUAUUUUGAGUUUUCACUCAUUUCCCAUGAAUCUGCCAUCUCUAUGCUGGUGCCCACCAGAUCUGACCCCGUCCUUGACAUCUUGGCUCCUGGGACUCACGUCACAUCACUACUGACUGCUUUCCGUAUGACACCUGUUUUAACUGAGUCUUCUCUGUCUUCAACUCUGACACCCUCUGACGACCAUAUCAGUGCUGCUGAUGGUCACACAUCUGUCUUGUCCUCUUUCUCCAAAGCCAUUCCUACCAGUACAGUAUUGAUCACCGACAUGGACCUGUCAUCAGCAUCCUCAUUUGUUUUCGAGGCGAUCCCCUCGCCUCUGCCGACAGAGCCAGUGAUCGUGGGCCCAUCGUUCACGACCACAGAUUUACCCCUCAACACCUCCACUGAACUGAGCGCGUCCAGUGCCAGUGGUGACGAUACCGUUGACACUGCCCUGAACAGCAAACCUGCGCAUCAGAACCCCCAUGACAGCAGCACUGCUCGCCCCCUGCCGUCCCUGCAUCCUGUGACCACCUCUACUCUCCAAGCAGCGGUUGCUACUCCAGCACCGGCCACGGCCAGGCCGCCAUAUGUGUGCGAUAUUACAGUUCCCGAUGCCUAUUUGAUCACAGCAGUGCUGGCCCGAAGAGCUGUGCAGGAGUACAUCAUUACAUCGAUCAAAGAAGUGUUGAGGGUUCACUUCAACCGUAUGGUGGAGCUGAAGGUUUAUGAACUAUUCACUGACUUCACUUUUCUGGUAACAUCUGGUCCUUUUGUUUACACGGCAAUAUCAGUCAUCAAUGUACUUAUAAAUAGUAAACUUGUGCGUGACCAAACUCCUUUAAUUCUGUCUGUGAAACCUUCUUUCCUCGUGCCAGAGUCCAGGUUCCAAGUUCAAACAGUACUUCAGUUUGUGCCUCCGAGUGUGGAUACUGGCUUCUGCAACUUCACCCAGCGAAUCGAGAAAGGUCUGAUGACAGCCCUCUAUGAAGUGAGAAAACACCACCUGGGGACGUAUAACCUCACAGUGCAGAUCUUGAAUAUCACCGUGGGAUCCUCAAGGCUGGCUCCUCGGCGGGGCCCAGUGAAGAUUAUCUUUGCUGUUAAAAGCACACACGGAUAUUUGAACGGGUCAGAAGUGAGUGAGCUGCUCAGGAACUUGAGUGUGGUGGAGUUCAGUUUCUAUCUGGGGUACCCGGUGCUGCAGAUCGCGGAACCCUUCCAGUACCCACAGCUCAACUUAUCUCAGCUGUUGAAGUCCUCUUGGGUCAGAACAGUCCUCCUGGGCGUGGUGGAGAAGCAGCUCCAGAAUGAGGUGUUCCAGGCUGAGAUGGAGCGCAAACUGGCCCAGCUGCUCAGUGAGGUUUCCUCCAGAAGGCGCAUGUGGAGAAGGGCCACCGUCACCGCCGGGAACAGCGUGGUGCAGGUGGUAAAUGUGUCGAGGCUGGAGGGAGAUGACAAUCCUGUGCAGCUCAUCUACUUUGUGGAGGAUCAAGAUGGAGAAAGACUCAGCGCGGUCAGGUCUUCAGACCUGAUUAACAAGAUAGAUCUCCAGAGAGCAGCCAUUAUCCUGGGUUACCGAAUUCAAGGCGCCAUUGCCCAGCCUGUGGACAGGGUGAAGAGGCCGUCCCCGGAGUCCCAGAGCAACAACCUGUGGGUCAUUGUUGGCGUGGUCAUCCCGGUACUGGUGGUGAUGGUGAUCGUUGUCAUCCUCUACUGGAAACUCUGCCGCACCGACAAGCUGGACUUUCAGCCUGACACUGUAGCCAACAUUCAGCAGCGUCAGAAGCUGCAGAUCCCUAGCGUGAAGGGCUUUGAUUUUGCUAAGCAGCAUCUGGGGCAGCACAAUAAAGACGACAUAUUGAUCAUUCACGAGCCAGCGCCACUGCCAGGACCCAUAAAGGACCACGCCACGCCCUCUGAAAAUGGAGAUGUGCCAAGCCCCAAGUCCAAGAUGCCUUCUAAGAGCAUCCGCCACAGAGGAAGAGUUUCUCCCUCUGAUGCUGACUCUACCGUCAGUGAAGAGUCCAGUGACAGGGAUGCAGGCGAUAAGACACCAGGAGUGGUCCACGAUGGCAAGUCACACAGAGCCCCACAGAGCGGGCCACCACUGCCCAGUUCAGGGAAUGAGCAGCAGUCCUCGGCCUCCAUCUUUGAGCACGUGGACAGGAUUUCCCGCUCCUCGGAGGCCAGUCGGAGGGUCCCCAGUAAAGUCCAGCUGAUUGCCAUGCAGCCGAUCCCAGCACCCCCAGUCCAGCACUCUGUGCUGGCCGACCGAGUAGCAGAAGCCAACAAAAUGAACAAAGAGAUUCAGACGGCGCUGCGACACAAGUCCGAGAUCGAGCACCAUCGCAACAAGAUCCGGCUGCGCGCCAAGCGCCGCGGCCACUACGAGUUCCCCGUGGUGGACGACCUGUCCCCGGGCGACACCAAGGAGCGCCACCGGGUGUACCGCCGGGCGCAGAUGCAGAUCGACAAGAUCCUGGACCCCACGGCCAGCGUGCCCUCGGUGUUCAUAGAGCCCAGGAAGAGCUCACGGAUAAAGCGUUCUCCUAAGCCACGCCGGAAACACCAGGUCAAUGGCUGCCCUGCUGACGCUGAGAAGGACAGACUCAUCACCACAGACAGUGACGGCACCUACAAAAGGCCACCCGGAGUCCACAACUCUGCCUAUAUGGGAUGCCCAUCCGAUCCUGACCUCCCAGCAGAUGUGCAGACGCCGUCCUCCACUGAGCUGGGGAGGUAUCCUGGCCUGCCCUUCUCAGCCUCCCAGUACAUCCCGCCCCAGCCGUCCAUUGAGGAGGCGCGCCAGACCAUGCAUUCCCUCCUGGAUGACGCCUUUGCCCUUGUUGCGCCCAGCAGCCAGCCCACCAACGCCUCGGGUGCAGGCCCUGGGGUCCCAGCCGGCCUGCCUGUGAACAGCACCCCUUCCCGGGAAGACAGGCGAGCCACCCAGUGGGGGUCCUUCUACAGCCCAGCCCAGACGGCCAACAACCCGUGCAGUAGAUAUGAAGACUAUGGAAUGACUCCCCCAUCAGGCCCAUUGCCAAGACCAAGUUUCAGCCCCGGUGUGCUGCAGUCCUCGGAGCUGGUGCCCCCUGAACCCCAGCAGCCACAGGCAUCGGCCGAAGCCCCGUUUGCUGCCCGAGGGAUCUAUUCAGAGGAGAUGCCGUCGGUGGCCCGGCCACGGCCUGUUGGGGGCACCACAGGCUCCCAGAUCCAGCACCUGACGCAGGUGGGAAUUGCUAGCAGAAUCGGAGCUCAGCCCGUGGAAAUCCCACCGAGCAGAGGCAGCCAGUAUGGGGGACCAGGCUGGCCUUCGUACGGGGAGGAUGAAGCAGGGCGACGAGAGGCUACACACAUGCUUGGACAGCAAGAGUAUUCUUCACCACUCUAUCAGGUGCCAAGGACUUCAGGCAGGGAGCCCUCAGCCCCUCCCAGGAACCUCCCCCACCGAGGACUGCAGGGCCCCGGGCUGGGUUACCCCACCAGCUCCACAGAAGACCUCCAGCCCAGCCACUCCUCAGCCUCUCUCAUCAAAGCAAUCCGCGAGGAGCUCCUGAGGCUCUCUCAGAAACAGAGCACCGUGCAGAACUUCCACAGCUGA